AUGUCCCAUUUCCUCCAGAGCAUCAAGCACACUGUCGACAGUGAAUUCAAGAAGCUCGACCAGGGGCUUAACCACGCUGUGGCGACUGUCGAAGGCUUUCUGAGUCCAAACCGCAGGCACGACGACCCGGAGGAGCAGCGCAUUGACGCGGUCCGCCAGGAGAUUAACGACAGCCACCGAUUCCAGUCCUUUGCGGACAAACGGCAUGCCAACUUUGUCAAAUGGCACGUCGAUGGGCAUGAUUACAUGUACGCGCUCUCCGAGAUUCUGGACAGUGCACGCGACUGCAUCUUCAUUCUCGACUGGUGGCUCACUCCGGAGUUGUACCUGCGUCGCCCGCCGGCUUUCAACCAGGAAUGGCGUCUGGACCGUCUGCUGAAGCGCAAGGCCGAGGAGGGUGUGAAGAUCUACGUUGUCGUGUACAAGGAAGUCACGCAGACCAUGUCUAUGAGCUCGUCUCACACCAAGCACGCUCUCGAGGACCUACACCCGAACAUCGCAUGUAUGCGCCACCCUGACCACAUUGGCAGCAAGGACGACGUCGAGUUCUGGUCGCACCACGAGAAGCUUGUCGUCGUCGACAACCACCGCGCGUGCGUCGGCGGGCUGGACAUCUGCUUCGGGCGCUGGGACACGCACACGCACCCGCUCGCGGACGUGCACCCGACCGACUUCAGGCGCACGCUCUUCCCCGGCCAGGACUACAACAACGCGCGCGUGCUCGACUUCAAGGACGUCCAGAACUAUGUCAGCAACGGGCUCAGUAUCAUCGAGACCGCCAGGAUGCCGUGGCAUGAUGUUCAUAUGACCCUCUGCGGCCCGUCCGUGCUCGACCUCGUGCAGCACUUCGUGGAGCGCUGGAAUGAGGUCAAGAAGCGCAAGUACAGCAAAGAUCAACGCUACGACUGGCUCGCCCUUCCGCACGAUGUCCAGGAGGCCCCCGAAGAAGCCGUCUCGCGCCACCCGUACCGCGAGGCCUGGCACGGCAUGGGCCGUCGGUUCCGCCAGCGCUUCCACGGGCUCCACUACAGGCAGGAGUCAGACAUUCUUGACGACCCCCUGCUCUAUCCGCGCCCGCCCAACGGGUCGUGCACGGUGCAGGCCAUCCGUAGCGUCAGCGACUGGAGCCAUGGCGUGCUGACGGAGCAUAGCAUCCAGAAUGCUUAUCGCCAAUUGAUCAUGGAGGCUAGCCAUUAUAUCUACAUUGAGAACCAAUUCUUCAUCUCGAACACCCAGGAGGACGGCCCCGUCAAAAACACCAUCGCAAAGGCCUUGGUUGACCGUAUCAUCCAAGCUGCUCGUGACGGUCAGAAGUUCAAGGUUGUGAUCGUCAUCCCAGAGGUGCCAGGAUUCGCUGGACAAGUGAAGGACGAGACGUCUGUCAGGACGAUCAUGGCCGCGCAGUACCGCACCAUGAACCGUGGUGGCCAUAGCAUCUACGAGGAGAUCCGCAAGGCUGGAUACGAACCUUCGGAUUACAUCCGCUUCUACCACCUCCGCGCCUACGACCGCAUCAAUGCACCCUAUGAGACGUUCAUGAAGUCGCUGGAAGAGCAGAGCGGCGUUACGUUCCACCAAGCCAUGACCGCCCUCGCUCGCAUGUGGGUCGGCAGAGACGAAGAGCAGAACGCGCCGAAGGAGACCACCGUCGUCCUCCCCACCGGCAAGAUGUCCGAGGAGAUCACCGCCUCCGGUGGCAAGCCCGAGCUUAAGACGGAGACGUACACGCUGCCGCAAUCGUACGAGGAGGCGAAGGCAAUCGUCGACCGCUGGCACGAUACCGCGUCGCGCCUCAGGGGAGGCGGGGACAUCUCGGACAACGUCGUGCAGCAUAUGAUGCACGACCGCACAAACCUGACAGACGAGGGAUGGCUGGGUAGCCCCGACGAGCAGAAGGCCGCAUAUGUGUCCGAGCUGCUGUACAUCCAUUCGAAGCUGAUGAUCGUGGAUGAUCGGAGGGUUAUUAUGGGGUCCGCGAACAUCAACGACCGUAGUCAGAAGGGAGACGGUGACUCCGAGAUUGCCUUGGUGGUUGAGGACGAAGAUAUGAUCGAGACGACCAUGGACGGGCGGCCGUACAUGGCGGCUCGUUUUGCGGCGACGCUGCGUAGGAAGCUCUACAGAGAGCAUCUUGGACUCAUGCAGCCACAGCUCUGCCCUGGACCACAGGAGCACGUCACGUCCUUCAUGCGCCCGGCGCCUCACCCGAAUGACGACGAGACGGGUGACGACGAGGACAAACUCGUCGCCGACCCCCUCGCGGAUGCGACCGUCGACCUGUGGAACCGCACAGCGAAGAACAACCGUGACAUCUUCACGGAGAUCUUCCGGCCUGUUCCGACCAAUCUUGCUCGCGACUGGGACGCGUACUCGCGCUACGUGCCGAAUGUCCUGCCGGGGCAUGUCGUGCCUGACGUCUCGUUGGAGCGAGUUAAGGACCGCCUCUCGAAAGUCAGAGGGGCACUCGUUGAGUGUCCGAUGGACUUCUUGAUUGACCAGAAGGACUUCGUGGAGGGUAUCGAUUGGAUUGGUCUCAACCCGACGCUGCCCAUCUACAUCUAGAAGCGAUGGCCUCUUAUCCAUGGAUGCUAGCGAUCGUCCUACCAUGAAAUGUAACGUGUUAUGUAUACUUGUACAUCUUGCAUCACCUGUUGGCUACCUCGAAUGACAAAUUGUGUAACGAUUGCAGUAGUUGUACAAGGAAUGAUAUUGUGUAUGCGCGAGAUGUGUGCAAUGAUUAUGCAGCCAAUUAAAUUCUAUAGCCUCGUCAGUGUGUCAGUCUCUCUAGUCCUCGGGGGAUCUGCGUCUGUGUCA